UGUACACCAUCUCCACGUUUUGGCAAAGAAGGCAGCAGCAGCAUCGUUGCUGAGCGAACGAGUUUUCUCACGUCGUACCGAUCAGCUGGACGAGCGUAGUGUCGUUUGUCACACACCCCCUCCCUGCCUCCUCGUUCAGGUUGUUCCUCGCCGCGAUACAGACUUUGUCGAUCACAGGCGCGUUAAACACGCGAACUCUGGUCGCGGUGAUAGAUCGAGUGCGUCGAUUCGAAACGAAAACAAAAAGGAUCGAGUUUUCUUCGCGCGGCUGACGAACCAGGCUGGCUGGUGUCUUUUCGUUGUUUUGAUCGACAAGGUAACGAAUCCGUUUCUUGAUGAGUACGACGACGCCGUCGACAAUCACGGUCGGUAGCCACGCGGUUGACGCUCUCACCGCCGGUACCAGCAUCUCCGAAGGGGCUGACACCUAGCACGAGGAGCGUCUGCUGCGGAGCUAGCGGAGGAGCAACGAUUCCGGGGGGACCAUCUUCCCUUCUAUCGUGAUAUAGUGCUGUUGUGGUUGUUAUUGUUGUUAUUAUUGAUAUUUGAUGAUACACGUGCUCAGGUGCCGCGAGUACUGACAAUUUCAGAUUGUCUUUUCAACGCGUCGUAUAAAGAUCUAAUUCUACUAGUUGUCCUUCCGGUUUUAAAGUGUCGUCCUAUGAUCGGAGUGUUUUACGAUCCAAGCCGGAGAACGGGAGUAUCAACGACGUUCCAACUGCUCUCAAGAUCGGCCAAACGAUUUCAAGGUUUGACAGAUUUCGUUUAGUCGGGUUGAUCGUCUACGCGAGGUCGACGACACGUGGAUCCGAGUCCGAUCGUUCCUAGCUCACGUGGUCGUCGACCACGAUCGACCUACUACCGGCGACACCCUGACAGUGGCGCUUUCGCGAUACUCACGGAUGUUCCUCACGUUGAAAAGAGCUGCUCGUGAUCAGUUUGAAAGUUGCCGGCUACCUGUGCGCCUGUUGAAUUUUUAUUGAUGUUCUAUAGCAACGUUGUAACAUCGAACGUGAUCCGGUGAGUGGCCGGCCGAGUGAACCAACGAGUGAAGAACGAAACCAACGGGAAAGAAAAGCGAGAUUUUCCUUGUCAAACGAUAUUUCCAUCCUGCUGUCGAGCAAUUGAAACGCGUGUGUGUGUUACUUUCAUGUCGCGAAUAGAAGGAGAGGGAUGACGGUGCAUCGUCGUUGUGCUGCAGACACCGUCGAGAAGGACGAAGAAGUCUCGUGAAUUGCUUAAACGACGAUCAUCAGUGCUAUAACGAGACACUAGUACCGCGUCGUUGUUUGCGAGAUUCUUCGUAGGAUUUUUCGGAUCCGCAAACACGCGGAAUUAACCAGGCAGCGUGGAGCGCUCGGCGAUCGUGUGGCCGCGCGCCGCGGACCUCUACCUUUACCAACCAGGCUGUGCAUUUCUCACCUACUAUAGUCGUGACAGCGCAAUCAGUGCCCAGAACGCUCUGCAUGAGAAGCGGACUUUACCAGGGGGUGUGACGGGCGACCGGCUGGCCGGGGGCGCCGCACACCUCCUCCAUCUCUUCUUCUUCUUGCCACGACCACAACACACAAUGUAACAACAACUACCACUACUAGAGUCGUCCGCGUGAACCACGUUCUCAAUGUACUCGAUGUGAUGAACCGUCCUAUUCAAGUCAAGCCGGCGGACAGUGAAAACCGCGGAGACAGAAAGCUGUUCGUGGGAAUGCUCAGCAAGCAACAAACAGAAGACGAUGUCAGACAGUUGUUCACUGCCUUUGGCACAAUAGAGGAGUGUACCAUCCUCCGAGGACCCGACGGCAGUAGCAGAGGCUGUGCAUUCGUGAAACUUUCAUCACAUCAAGAAGCGCUAGCGGCGAUCAAUACCUUACACGGUAGCCAAACUAUGCCGGGAGCGUCAUCCAGCUUAGUGGUAAAGUUCGCAGAUACUGAGAAAGAGAGACAACUAAGACGCAUGCAGCAAAUGGCUGGGAACAUGAGCCUCCUUAACCCUUUCGUUUUCAAUCAGUUCGGCGCUUACGGCGCUUAUGCUCAGCAGCAAGCAGCUCUCAUGGCUGCUGCGACAGCACAAGGGACGUACAUCAACCCAAUGGCGGCACUGGUCGGUGCUGGGCAACUACCGCACGCGUUAAAUGGCAUGCCAAAUCCCGUGGUUCCACCGACUUCUGGUUUGCUCGUAGGUACCGGUACAGGGCAGCCGGUUAACGGGGCGAUACCGUCGUUACCAUCGCCAACGAUGCCCAAUUUCAACAUGGCUGCACAAACACCGAAUGGUCAACCAGCAGGUUCGGAUCCUGGUGUCUACACCAACGGGAUACCGCAGACCUAUCCGGGACAUGCCCUCCAUCUGUCCAUUCCAGCACAAGGGCUGCCCAAUGGGGAGGCGGCACUCCAGCAUGCCGCCGCGUAUCCUGGAAUGCAACCCUACCCCGGUGUCGCUUAUCCCGCCGUCUACGGCCAGUUUCCUCAAGCUAUUCCUCAGCCGAUGACCGCCGUGGCACCCACGCAGAGGGAAGGAUGCUCUAUCUCAGGACCUGAAGGCUGCAACCUAUUCAUCUACCACCUGCCUCAGGAGUUUGGAGAUGGUGAGCUCAUGCAGAUGUUCAUCCCCUUUGGCAACGUCAUAUCGUCCAAGGUUUUCAUCGAUCGGGCCACCAACCAGAGUAAAUGCUUCGGUUUCGUGUCGUUCGAUAAUCCAGCGAGCGCACAGACAGCAAUUCAAGCGAUGAAUGGCUUCCAGAUAGGGAUGAAGCGUUUAAAAGUCCAGUUAAAGAGGCCCAAGGACGCAAGCCGGCCAUACUAACCAAAGUCCUAGCUUAGAGAAACUGGACGAUACGCACCCUACAUCAUAACCCACAGAAUGUCGUACAAGAACACGGGCUUAUUGAACGCUCGACGAUCAGAAGUGAUGAGUUUGAAUCACCGUUACAACGCUCUCCACUAUAAUAAUCUAGUAUACUAGUUAGAUAAUUUAAUUAGAGUAUAAAAAUUAGAAGUCAGUAGAGAUUGACUUCGCCGGCAGCCACGCGGCGAGGACGAAGAGGCAGGCUGAUGCUAAUGAAACAUUGGAUGUCCAGCACUGAACCCAGUCCGAGAAACCAAACGCGAGUAGGAUUCACGCUUCAAACGAUUUCUCGGAUGCUCGGAUACGACAAAUUCUUUACUAAGAACGGAGAACACAUCGCGAUCUUUUUCAUCCUGUUCUUUCUAUUUUCCUACAUCUUAUUCUAUUUUAUACAUUUUUCCGUUCUUCACUCUCGAUCCCUACUGCCAAACGAGGAUUCGUAUCGAGAUACGAACAUAUUGUUCGAUACGCGUCUUACAACAAGACAUUCUAAUCCUAAUACGAUUUUGAAGAUCCGAUCAUCCGGGAAGUAGUAGAUACCGAGAGCCUAGAGCCUCUCGACCAGGUUAUCGUUCCGACGACACACUAUCUCCUAAAUAGUUUGAUAAUCACGGUGAACGUUCAAGACGGGUGACUUUCCAACACUAACCAAAGAAUACUCUUAGUUCCUGACGAAACGGCAUGGCGAUUGUAGCCGACCGACUGUUAAAAAAAGUUAACUAUUACUGCGAUUCGACCCGAUAGAAUACCAAAGAAAGUACCUCUUCAGAUUCUCUAGAAAACACGAAUCACAGUGUGUGUAUCGGUUGAAUUCCUUAUUCGUUUACGAACAACUUUGCCAAUUUUCAUUUGAAAACGCAGUUAAACCGUCGAAUCCGUUUGGAUGUCGUGUGUUCGGUAUGCGAACGCGUCAUCACCGUAUUAUACAUACCACGUAUAUAGCAACGUCGUUAGGAUCGUUUACUAUGUUUAGUGGUCUUCGGGCAGGACCGACGGCACAGUGCUCGCGGUCUCUCCUAACGCAAAUUUGUCAAUCACGUAUACAGGGUGCUCGUCUCACGCAACGUGAAAGAAAGAAGAACAAAUUUCUAAAACGAAAACUACGAAUCCGAACAUGGAACACGCAUUUACAUACAUUUACACUGGUAUAUAUACAAACGACGCACAUACACGCGCCGACACAUGCACACGCACACGCACACGCACACGCACACGCACACGUGCACAACACGCGCACAACACGCGCAUACAGCUCACACGUCACGCAUCUACAUACACACGUAUCUACAUGUAUGAAUCAGUGCCGACCCAACACUCGCGGGUUAUCGGUUCUUCUUAUGUUAAGAUUAUUAAAGGCGUAGGUAUGUACGUCGCGCCGUAGAUUUUAUAUACGAGACAAUUUAAAGGGAUCGUUAGUGCCGUGUCAAAGUGAAGUCAUUUCGAAGUCCGGUCGUCCGCGCCACGGCGCUCGUUCACCCGACGUAGUAUUUAUUAUUAUUAUUAUUACCCUUUUAUCAUCAUCGUCAUUAUUAUAUUAUGAUCAUCAUUAUUAAGAGUACGAUUAUAUCGUUAAGCGAAAAGUGCGAACGAAUUUCCGGCCGAAAUUAUAUCCAUCGGGGUUCCUUUUUUAACGAAGGAUCGUUCAACCUGAUCACAUUACGCUUCGCGAUCCAAAUAAGAUCGGGAUCCUGUUGUUGUUCAUUCUCAUGGCUCGACGAUUCAUAAAAUCGUUCUUGUUUGACUGACCGGUCACGCAUCGCCCGAGAAAUGUCAACCAGGCUGUGAUUAUCCAAACAAAACAAAAUUAACAAAAGGGUGAAAACUACUACGAUGACGACGACGACGACGUUAACAAGAUCGAGUCCAUCUCGCGCAGAAUGUUUCUGUCCAUUCGAUGAUAGGGGAGAGAGGAGGAAACGCGGAAGAAAUAGUAGAUCGUCUGAACCAGCUGAACGCAAUGAGCUUUACCUUUUUAUUUUAUUUACCUAGUCUACGUCUAGUCAUUUUUAUACUCAGCAUAAUGGGGGACGGGAUGGGGGUGGGGGCAACGAGGGUGGAAUAAUUUACGCGUUCUCUCAUAAAAUAUUUAUUUACUAUUUGCCUUAAUUUUAAGAAGUUUCGCGUAUAGCGAUGUAUAGAUUUUCUUUUCUAAACCAAAGCGACUAUUUAAACGAAUCUAUCUAGGAUAAAUCUAUUUAUUGUUCCGAAAGCUUUUCGAGGUAAAACAAGUGCAAUUUUAUUUUAGAAUAAUUUCACUAACGACAAGCUGAGGAUAUCAUUUCUUUAUUUUAUCGUAGUACGUUGUUCCUGAGAAUUGAGACCGAACAGGUCGCGUUUUACGUAUCAAAUUUAUUUUAUACGACAAAUAUCUCGAAUAUACGUGCGUAUAUAUUGAUAUUUGGCAUUGUUUUUGAACGUAUUGUUCCUUGUUUGUUUUCGUUAGCAUUUCUUGUUAUCACGAUUCAGUUUUAUACCUCAUUACGAACGAUUAGGGAGAUUUUAAGGGAUCGUUUGCACCGGGCAAAUCGAACAGUACAGCAGGCAGCAAGUACUUACAUUGGUAUGAGUUCACAAAAUUUGUGGCUACCGAUGUGAUUAGCAACGGACGAUAUUCAUGUGAACAUUGAAUAUUUUUUUAAGCACGAUAAAUAAAACAUUUGGACAUUUAGCGAGCGAUGCCCGGUCGAAUCACAGAGCUUCGCGCAAGCUUCGAUUUAUACGAUUCUGGGCGGAAGCCACAUGUAGAGAAGCAGCGACGGAGCAUUGAUGUUAGUGGUGGAAAAAAGGGGGUCAUUAGAACGAAAUCAAAUACAUAAAGCACGCUGGAAAGCUAGCGUAGGCGAGCGAUGGAACGGAGAAGAAAACUCUGAUCUAGCAGAAAUAAUCAACCAAAGUACCAACAACUAUUCUAUAUAUAAAUAUAUAAAUAUGAAUUAUUAAAGAAGGAGUAUAUAAAUAUAUAAAUAUAAAUAUUAUAAAUAUGAAAUAUAAUAUAAAUAAAAUGAAUGAAUAAAUAAAUGAAUAUAUAAAUAUAUAAAUAUAUAAAUAUAUAUAUAUAUAUAUUGAUUGAUUGAAAGAAAAAAACUAGAGACUUAGUAAAUUAUUAUAGUUUAGCUAAAUCAACAUGAAAUAAAUUAUUACUUCAAAGGACAGGGAAUGGGAGGACCGGCUAUAGUCUGGCGCAAUUUAUGACACGACUAAAAGCUAUCUCAAAUUUAUACGCUAUUUAAAUAAAUAUAACAAAUGCUACAAAGAAAUAUACAUAAAUAUAUAAAAUAAUAUACGAGCACGCGUAGAUGUAUAACCCAAGUACGCAUACGUGUGCGCGCGUAUAUUUAUUUCUAUAUUUAUAUAUGCACAUAUAAAUACUGUACUUAUAGUUUAGGGGCAGGCAACCCUUCUCCUUGCUUUCCCAUCUGUUCAUAAAGUACGUUGCCUGUUCGUACACUCGCACACGAAAACGAAUCAUUGCAAAGGAACACUACUUAUUAUUAUACUUCAUUUAUCUAUACAUACACACAUACACGUACGCAAUUUACUAUACAUAGUUAAUGCGAGGGCGCGGUACAUACGUGUAUGUGGUUCACACGCGUGAACGUGGUUGCGCGUAAAAGUAAGUACUUGCGGAACUAAAACUAAAACAGAGGGAUGUGCUGUAAACUAUCCUCCGAUGACGAGCUCGAACGGCUUGCUAGUUAUUGAUGAUAUAAAAUAUUAUUAUACUAGCAUACGCAUAUAUAUAUAUAUAUAAAAAAAAACAAUUAAUACUGAUAAAUAACAGUAACCAAUAAUACUAAUAACAAUGAUAACAAUAAUAAAAAUAAAUUACUUACAACAAUACUUUAUAAGACGUAUACAUAAUUUAUACUACGCGAUAAACGCAUAUACGUAUAUAUUCUUGUCAGUUUUAGGAAUACUGAAUUCGUCUAAAGGCAUAUAUACAUAAAUAUAUAUUUUCUAUAUAUACACACAUAUAUAUGUAUGUAUGUAUAUAUGUAUAGACUGAUGUAUCGAAAGCGCGGGCGUAGAUUCAUCGAUGCUGAAAGAACGUCACCAAAAAUGUUGUGUGAGGAGCAUCUUUGCGACGUUGUACCGAUGCACGAAGGAAAACGAACACGACGAGACGAUAUCUAACGACGAUGAAACAAUGAGAUUGCCAGCGAGAUCUUCUUUCGACGGCGUUUUGAUAGGGAAUUGGACGCGGAAAGGCAUCGCGAUACUCGGGAAUCGGUCGUAGAGACGAAACUCAGGAACGCGUGUAACAGACCGGGCUGAUCACAAAUCAAAUUUGCUAAACAAACUAAUCCGAAAUAUGUGUUCACGAAGGCGAAGGUAAAUAUAAGAGAAGGAACUGGGAAUUAACGCAACCAUAUGUUUGCCAAUCCGAGGUCCAAUCACAGACCGUAAGAGCAAUCGCGCGAUUCGAAUCGGUAGGCCUCUGAGUACGCGUACGCGAGCGUUGAUGGAAUCGCGUAAGCGGCACGAUCGUAAACAUAAUUAGGCGAAUGCGUGCAUCGCAAGCAUACAGGGCCCGUGAGGAAGGUCUGCAGCGCAGCGGUACAUCCUAUAGAUCGGCGUUUCAUUUCUCAUGGCAUCGUGCACGUCUCUCGGUACACGUCCGGCAAAGACGAUUAGCGGACAAGCUGAGCGAAUUGGGCUACGGCUAGAUACUUGUCUACGAGUUUCCUAUUCCGCAGACCAGUCCAUUCAUCUCUCUGCUAAAAUCAAAUCAACGCAUUCCAUUUUCGAAAUAGCAUUAGCUAUUAGUGCCACCGCUAUUAGUAGGCGUAUACCACACGGACACGAGCUCCUAUCGUCCGUUUUAUCUGUUCGACCGUUCCAUAAACGUACCAACGCGCCAACAAUUUCCCACAUUUCUUCGUUUCGUUCGAUAAUUUUCGAUGUAACGAAAAUACGUACGUAUCGAGUGACUUUUAAUUUCGCCACGCCAACUGCUCAGAUGUCGUUUCCCAUUUAUAUACGUGACAUUCGUUGUUCGUAUGGUUUUGUACUUUUGGACUUGUGUGUUGGUCCGUUCUCGUACUCUCUGCACCGUAGAAUCACACCGUAUCGAAUUGCGUUAAGUAGACAAAAUUGAUUUGAAGAUCGAUUCGGUUACCAAUUUUAAUGUAUUUAGUUAACUAGAACGCGUUUUAAGCGGAAGAGAGUUACACACGUAAGUCGUACGAUGCAAUGUACAGAGGAAGAAAGGUAGACACCACCAAAGUGAUCGAAUAUAGUGACACGCACACAAACACAAAGAAUCAUGCGCACGCGCGCGGACACAGAUACAAAAAUAGGAAGGGGGAGGGUAGAAGGAAGGAAAAGACACGUAUACUGGUAAAAGCUUGUAUGCAAGUACCAACUGAUUAUAUCACUACGAUCUAAGCUUUUUAAUGUUUAACAAUACUUAAUAGCGAAUAUCAAGGUAUUCAACCUACUCUAAUAAAAACACCCUAAUAAUAGGUAUAAAUUCAUAUAAAUAUAAAUGUAUACAUAUAUAUAGAUGUAUAAAUACGAAGGUAACGACAAUUGUAAACAAACCAAAACAAAUACAACUAUUUUAUCCAACAAAGUUUUUGCUACAACCGAAGUAGUAUGCAUCUUGCUAUGGAAUAAAUGAGACUUACGGGAGAGGAGAGAAAGAGAAAAAAAUAUUCUUAGCUCUAAGGACAAGAAGAAAAAUAAUGAUAAUAGUAAUCUGUGAGGAUCAGCUUCGAAUUUAUUUUUACAAUGACGUGAUGUAAUGCCGAGACGAAUUCGCUGCACGCUAAUUAACGUUCCGAAUGCUACUCGGGAAGCGACGUACUCGCGAAAAUUCAAGCGUCCUAACGACGUACUCGGGUAUCGAAUUUUCUGCCGAUCUCAGUUUUACCGAACCUAAGGAUCUUCUCUUUAACAAAUUCUCAAGUCGCAAACUUUGCCGCUGAAAUUUUUUAGAAAUACGAAAUCGGUACUCGUGGUCGUCGUUGUCCGAUAGUAUUGUCGACCAUAAAAAUUACACGGAAAGCUUUCGUGAAACCGGCGAGAAGAAAGGAAGAAGAAAAAUAUGGGAUACAAACGGCGCGCAGUAUCUCCGCGAUUUUAUUCGUUCCGACGAAUCGUUAUCGACGAUCGUUAUCGCAACGGCCGACCGUGACUUAUCAUCGUCGAUACGAAAUUUCCUGGAAUUUUUAUGGUAGCCACGGAGACACGCACGAAGAUUCGAUGGAAAACGGGAACGAAUAUCCUCCACUCUCGACUAUAUAUAACUAACUUUAAUAAUAAUAAUAAUAAUGAUCAAACACUACAUAUAAGCAUACUACCAUUUACCACCCGUACUCGCACACGAAACAGCCAAAAUUAUCAACCCUCUCGACACUGCUAUACCGCGUUCAUCGAUCCAAAAUUUUACGUGGAAUUACAUUGGAUUCAAGUCACGCGCGCCGCGACCUGAUAUCCGGUAGCCGUGGUGUCGGUGAUACUAGGAAACAGGGUAUGUUUUUGCAAUUAUUUGCAUAACUUGUAAAGAACUAGCAACAAAAUAAAUACACAUUUACGCAUCGAUACACGUUCACACACAUACACACACACGCAUACACACGCACACACACGCACACACGAACACGUACACGCAAGCACGCACGCACGCACGCACGCACGCACACGCACACACGUAAGAAUCUAUAAGUACCGCUUGAUGCGUACACGACGUAAAAUACACUCGUGUAGAACUUAUGCACAUAUUCGCGCGUGGUUACCGUACACACUCGAUACACACGUAACACUCACACGUGAACUGUAACAUACGUUAUAAUAUGGGAGGCGAGCAGAGGCUAAGCAUUCACCUAAUCAUAUUAUCUUUAUCUACAUAAAUAUUAAACUAGAUAGGUCUCGUCGUAGGCUUUAAGCGAGAUUAUUAAAGACUUACAGAUUUCCGGACACGAAUUUCAUGGCCAUCACCGUCGUUACGAUUUUGAAUAGACUCCUAUGUACCAGUACUCUUAAACCCCGCGUUCUAUGAUGAUAUUCUAUGAUGAUAAAGCUUACAUUAUGGAGUAUUUCAAGUGUCAGCUAUACGAAUAUUACGAAGAAAAAUUAAUUUUGUUAUAGCUUCUGCUACGAAGAAGAUUGAUUGUUCUUAUCGAUUUUAAAAUAUAUUUUAAGAUAAGCCAACCGAACAUAGUUUCAUAUCAAAACGCGGGUGACGAGAGGAACCAUGCACGAAUCGUCAAAAUCACGUUAAUCAUCGAAGCGUCAGGCGAGUCACAAGCUCGUUCUUCCUUUCCUUUCCUUUCCUACAACCUUUCCAUUACUUUAUACUCUUUUCAUUCAGACUAACAAGAAAACGUAAGAUUGCUUUCCCAGACAUUUUCAUGCGCGCGCGCGCGCGCGCGCGUACGCCAGAUAAAGAAGUGGAGCAAAUUAGAGAAUUAGUUGAGAUUGUACUUAAAAACAUUAGAUUUGCAGUUACUUAAUGAUUAAAAGAAGAAUAAAAAUUAAAAAGAAAAAAAAAAAAGAACGUAAUUAAAAUAAAAUGUAAGAAUCGGCGUUAUUUCAAACAAGUUCAAGCCGACCGAUGUCAAUUCCUUCAGGUACGCUUAUGCGUUAUCGCGAGAACAAUGCGAAGAAAAAAAUUCGGUUUUUUCUAACGUACCAAAUCGAUGUCUUUUCAUUGCGACUGUAUUAAUGUUUAGGAUCGGACACACGAUUGUUGUAGUCGUUGGUCAACCAAAAUUACGUAGGAUAUUCGUUCGAGUCGUAGGUACGAGAGAAUCAAAAGAAAAAGAACAGAAUAAAUCACAGUAUCUUGUAUAUUUACCCGGCCACAUUUCGAUCGACUAUCCGGGACCAAUCACACUUUCUGACGAAACAAUGCGUUUCCUAGUUCUGCCGUUCGGUAUGCAAGAAAUUUCUUAGGCGAAUAUAAAACGUUUAGAUUAGUGUGAUACUAUACGAAAGCACCGUUUGCGUUACCGUUUUUAUCAAAACGUUUCGACUAAACAUUUCAUGGUACCCGUCUUGGACCAACGACGUACGUGGAAUCACGCAAGGAAACCCGUGCAGAAGAAUAAGGCUUUUUGUCGUGUAAAUGACAACGAGCGAAUAGUUCCGAAUAUGGUUGAAUUAUCCACAGAAGAUAUGGGAAUUCAACGAUGAAUUCACAUUUAUCGAGCUUGAAACAGUCGCUGAGUUUUUCUUUUCGAAUAUGCGAGAUCAACGAACGCAAAGAGUCUUCUUCCUCCGCGCGAAAAGACGGAAUUAAAAAGAUGCAAAAUCCUUGAGGUUUAAUCGCCCCUUGUUUCAAUCAUGGCUCGACGUACAUAUUAUGUACAUUCGCGUACAUUCGUUAUCGUUGAGAAGCGCGGGGACAAUGCGAACAACACUUCCAACUCUUUCCAGAACAUCUCCCCUUCGCGUUGGUAGGGUGAUCGUUUCUCUGAAAUUCUGUUGUUCUUCUGCAAAUUCUGAUUGAUAAUGUUUCGAAGCACAUACAACGUUCGAUUAAAGAAAGCUGUGCGUCUCGGUCUACGGGAAACGUAAAAAUUAAUAUUAAACAAUGUUAUUGCUUGUCGCUCUUAUAAAUCACUGUAGACGUUCGAACCACACGUCAAUCGAUAUUGUUAAACGAUGCGGUGACCUUUUCUUUCGAACGCAUCGAAGUCUCUCUCUCUCUCUCUUUUCUUUUCUUUUUUUUUUCUUUCUUCUUUUUUUCUUUUUGUUUACUUAGUCAGGACUCGAUGUAUCGGUAUUUGUUCGAGACCGACCGCGAUUGGAACGUCGUGUCACAAUAUGUAUACACGUCGUGUAAACGUAUCGCGUGACUAAAACAUGUAGAAACGAGUAAAUAAAGAAAAAAGCGAAUGAUUAUUAAGUAAUAAUUGACAAUGUAUAAGAAGAACGUACACGAAUUGUAGGAACGAAAUUUGGCACGUUACGAAUCGUCGAUUCGUGGCGUCGGUUGAGUCGGUGAUCGUGUUCCAUUUGGAAAAGAAAGAACAGUCGAAGAUCAGUCUUUUCUUUCCGUUCCUCGCGCGGGCAAUUAUAUAGCCAUUGGUAUCAGAGGAUGGACGAGUGCGGAGAAAGUUGCGUCGUUCGCGGUCGUUCGUGACAAUAGUCCGUAAUAAGUAAUAAAAGAAGAGAAAGCGAAAAGAGACCGCGAGAGAACGUACGAAAUGGUGGAAGUAAUGGACGAACGGAAUCGGUCAGGAACGAAUUUCCAAACGAAUUUUCGGACACCGCAACAUAUUCCUCAGAAAAUUCGAUGUGGUCGUAAAACACGUACGAAAAUUUUCAUUUCGUUGACGCUCGCUAAACUCUAAAACAGUGUCGACUACAUGGAGCGUAUCGAGGGUUCGCGAUACUGUGAAUUUUGGUGGUCGAACAACUCGGGCGAUAAAGACACCUUACCGCCGCCCAAAUGGCUGUACGUCACGAAUCGACCUUAGGAAGUCGCUACAAAUCUCGCAUUUAGAAAGUAUGUAAUUAGACCACCUAGCAAAGAAAAACAGGUUUAAAGAGUGGCAUGAUGAAUUGUCGCGAGGGACGCGAACAAGAGCGAAACGCGUAGGUAUAUAGACGCGUACGCCUAUACGCAUGCAUAACUAUACAUCGUAGAUGCGUAUAUACGAAGAUACACGUGUAUACACGUGCGAGUCCCGUGAAAAAAAAAAAAAAACGUUUAAAUUAGAAGUUUGAGAAGAAAAAAAAUUUGCAUAUAGCAUAGUUUUAUAUAGCGUGCCAUCUAUGCGUAUAAGCGAAUGAUAUGCAUAAACAGUUACUAUAGUUAUCGCUACCAAGUAAGGUUAUAAACAAAAAUAAGUAUAAUAAAAGUAUGCACUGUAAUCACUUAUACCAGGGAAGGAAGCGAGGAAGAAACACACGGAAAGCAUUAAUAGUGCAGUGUGGGUGGAAGAGAUAUGAAAAUAUUAUAUAUCGCGCGCGUAUAUGAUUGAAUUAGGAAAUAAUUAAACACGUUGAGGUGGGUCGAGUGACAGAAAUCGAGAGAAAGGGUGGGAGAGAAAGGGAAAGAAAGAGCGAAACACUAAAAGUUAUUAACAGACAGAACAUAUUUUAAAUAAUUAAUCGCCAAACGAUAAGUUUUUAACUCUAACUCCUAGCGCGUAAGGUCGAAAUAAUAUACGAAAUAAAAAAAAUAUAUUAUAUAAAUAUAUAUAUUAUAUAUACACAUACGUAUAUAAUGAUUGAAAGUCGACUCUAAAAUUAAAUGUAAACCGAAAAAGCAUACUUCUUGUAAGAAGCCACGCGCGGGUAGAUACCGAGACAUUACUUGAAUUACGAUGGAUCUCAACAAGCAUGAAAACAAAUUUAGGGCAACAGUGAAACCUCGAGUAACUUUUGCUGCUCGAUCCUUUGCCUCGAUUUUUACGACACGAUCCGGAUAUUAGUCUCGUCAUCAUUUUAAAAGCUUCUCCUAUUUUUGCUCCAACUUUUUAUCGCAUUGGACACCUGUUGUGGUCAUACCGGCUCUCGUUCUUUGCAUCGAUAAUUAACACGCUAUGGAUCAUACAGCGUUCGAACAGGUUUUCCGAUUUUCGAAGAUUCGGCCAAAAAUUAUUUUCGGUAAAGUUGGGGCAUAGUAUAAUUGUACCGAAUCGAGAACUUUGAUAGUCGAAUCUCGAGUGACUUUAACACGUUCGAAUUUAAUUAUAUCCGUUUUGGUCGGUGUUUAGGGGGCAGCAUCUACAAAAUAUACAAUAUUGUGCCAACGAUGAAUCUUCCAAAUCAAUUUUCACUUCUAACAGGAAUCGAAUGUUACGACAAUGACAAUAUUAGGACGUAGAAAGAAUUUUUGUCAGUAAGUAAGUACGAGGUGAGUCAAAAAAAUAAUGAGAAUUAAUUUUUUAUACUUGAGCAGCGAGUUAGCAGGUUUUUAAAUAUUACCAGAAAUCUCGAAAUGAUUAUUUCCCAUUUUUAAUCUCAAUUCGAAGAGCAACGAAUUAGCGAAAAAUUCUAUCCAUGCAUUUCGUUGUACGUUUUUCUCCGAGGCAUCGGUGAAAUCGGUGAAAUCGGCGAAAAUCGGUAAAACAAAUAGAAAUAAAGAGUGAAACAGCAAUAUUCGAUACCCCAUACGAAAUAUCAAGCCUCUAAAGAUCGUAAUUGAACGUAGUAUUUCCAAGAAAUAUUGGAGAUAACGACAGCCGAUUAGCAAAACAGAAUUCUGACCAGUCAACAAGACACCGACGCUAUCUGCGGUUCUAAUUAUUCGAGUAGCGUUUGACUUUCGCAAAUUUCUACCAAUUACGAAGAUGAAAGUUAAGUCUCGUUAUUUUCCUAACACACUUCGUAUCUAUAGCUAUAUAUGUAUGUAUAUCUUUUUAAAAUAUCUAUACCGUUUCAUUCCAAUUGCUUUCCUUGGUUAUUUUAAACGAAGAUGACGGAUUUCUUGCAGACGUUCGAAAUCUCCGAAAAAUUUCAAUUAAUUCUUAUUAAUCGUUUGAAUGUUUCGAGAAUUAGUAGAAGAAGAAGGUUGAUAAGGGAGUGGCUCGGUUCUGGCAAAUUAUAAUGUGCCCCUUCGGCGCCUGCUCGGAAUGCAACAGUUGGCUAACAAGUGGCUCUUUCGCACGAAACGGUAGCGAAUCGCGUUCAAAUCACCGGUCGAAGUAAAUUCCAAAGCGAGUUCGAGGUGGAAUUUUACUUGAAUUUUUUGAUCGUUGCUUUUCAUGGUUGAAAAAACGUUGGUAAGAAAUAUUACUCUUCGAUCAAAAUUUCCUAAACGAUAUCGGAUCGCAGCGUAGUUUUGUAAUAUUCUGUUUUAGUUUGCUUUUGUUUCGAGAGUGAUGACAGUUCUUUUGACGAGCAUGGUAUAUAUAUGUACAUAUAUAUAUAUAUAUAUAUAAACUAGAUAAAUUUUUAUAAGUUAGAUAGUUAUCUCCGUGAACAUUAUAAGUUUCAGCGUAAUAUUUCGAUUAGAAAAGUUGCAAGUUCUGCGUUUGAUUCUUAAACAAUGGACAAUCUAUAGUACCUUGUUAUACAUAUAUUUAUGGAUAAAAAACGUUUUCUUUUAACAUGAAGUUGUACAUGUACGUUGUCAAUUUUCACAAUGUUUUGCCAUUAAACUACACAUGUUGAUGUCGGCCGUUUCGUCGCCGAGACGACGCGCCGCUCCUCGGCUUAUUAAACUACACAUACAUAUACGUUUUUGUUCCUAUCGUUUGUAUAAAUAUGACUGGCUUAAUUAUCGUACAAAAUCCAUUUCAGAAAAAUCAAGUCGGUGUGAAGAAUUGGCGAAACUCGAUUGAUUUUCCAUUUAUGGCUUGGAUUGAAAUUUGAACUAGGUUCGGCAUGUUACGAAUCGUGGAUUCGAGAUUCGAAACUCUAUUGGCGAAACACGAUUGAUUCCAUUUGUGAUGUCAGUUGCUUCAAAGAUGGAAACACCGAACAAAGGAUUGAGACGCCUUGAAUAUCGUUGCAGACGUUUGUUUGGUGUUUAGAAGUGAAUUAACGACAGUUGCCAGAGAUACGUGUAAUGUAGUUAAGAAUUAGCAACUGCCUAAGGAAAGGAGGAAUAGUCACGCCCAGAACGUACCGUCCAGAAAAGAAUAUGGAAUUUCGUUACGUGUUUGCCUGAUAGUUUUUUAACGGCUGCAAAAAAUUGAACGUGAUUAGAGCGCGCAGCGAUCUUUCUAUUAAUUAUUAUAGAUCGUUUUCACUAGCUUCUUUCUCAAAAACUCGUGGCAGGUUUAAGAACGAAAAUACGUUCGACGUAUAUAGGGUACCGUAUAUCAAGCAGCUGUCGUUCGUUGUGCAGAAAUACGACAAAGUUUUACGUACCACGAAGGUGUGCAACUAAUUUUGAGACUGACUUAUACAACUCGCUCGCAGAGAUCUCGAUGACCGUACAAUUUAGAAUUUGCAGAGUUUGCGUCUACUUAUUGUUAGUUAGAAACCGUGACGCGUAGAGGAAGAAAAAGUAUCAAGUUUCUAGUCAAGAUCGAAGUAUAGGAAAUUCUCCUCGGUAACGUUAUUGAUCGCCAUCGAUAUUACAAAAUGCAUCGUAACUAAAACAAGGUGGAACAUUUUGAUUUAAGUUGAGACUCGUAGUAAAUUACGACAGGUAGUAAACGAAUAUCAAGCAGUCGUAUAUUAAUUACAUUGGAUAGGCAAAAGUAGCGAAAGUAUACCGUUGAUUUAGCGCUUUUAAAAAGGUUUCUACACUUUCUAACUGCGCAAAGGGAGAUGCGCGCGCUCCCGAAGAGAGAUAUACGACUGCGAGAGUAUUCCGAUGUAUCGAGCAAGAUAUCCGAUCGGCGAUGUCAGGCAUGACGUUUCACUCGCGUUCUCGGGUUAAGGUUCGGUUUUCCGACCGCUGGAUCAUUUUCCAAGGCGACAUUGACUGCAUCUCGCGCUUGAGGCUAAAAACUGUGGAAUUUUUUAACUGUAUUUACGGCUAUAACCUAACCUGUAUAUUUUUACAUAUUAAAUAUAGGGAACGAAUCGAGGGUUGAUGCGAGAGGUGCGAAGGCGAACCGAGUACAUGCUAAAACAAAAGAAAGAAAGAAAAAAAAAAAAAGACAUAAGCACACGAGUAACCAAGAGAAUACGUUAUGUAAACGGGUACGCGUAUGUACACGUACACGCGCGUAUACCUCGAUAAAGUAACUCGAAUACACAUAUAUACAUACAUUUGUAUACUACACUUACACGUUCACACGCGCGCACGCACGCAAAUGAAAUAUACUCUUGCCUUCAGAGAAGGGACAUAUUAUACAGAUCGUAAAAAGUGAAAUCAGUUUUAUUGUUGAUUUCGGGGUGACAUACAAAAGAAAAAGAAAAAAAAAAGUUUUGUAAUCGGCGGCCCUGGCCGUUCUUUCGCAUCCGGGGCCCAAAAACGUUGCGUAGUAUAAUCAAACACCGAUAUACAAUGCAAGUUUUUUUCCUCGGCCAAAUUGCGCGGACCUCGAGGUCUUCGGGAUCGCCGGAAGUAGGAUAUAAAUUCUCUUUCCCUACGGGUACGAGCGUGGUGAAUCUUAUGGUCCAGAAUGAUACUUCGCGAUUCCGAAAAUUCGUCGACGUCUGCCUGGGCCCGAAUGGAUUUGUACAUAAAAGUGAACAAAAUUACACGACACAGGGUGUGCGUAUAUGUUGGUGCACACAGUAAUGUCCUACAUAGCGAAGUACUAACUAUAUAGUGCAUGGAAAUAAUAAAAACGUUCGCAGUACGUGUGGGACGUCUCAUGAAACGUUCUCCUCUUUUUUCCCCUUGACGACGAGUCUCGCCCUCGAUAGCCCGCGAUAAUUUUUACUUAGAAAUUGCAGCUACAUAUUAAUCGCAUUCUUGGAAAAUAAAUGAUGAUUCGUGAACUGUUUCAGAUUCGGUCGAUAGACCGUUAUCCCUCUCUUUCUUUUUUUCGUAAUCGCGUCUAUUACGUUGAUGCGUAUGCGUUUUAGAUGAGAUUAUCUGAUCCAUCGAACGAACGAAUAACGUCCGAACGAAAAUUUCAUUAUUAAUUCGGUUAUUUAAAGUACUGUGAUUAUUUGCGAUUUCGAUCAUGCGAGAAUAAAUAAAUGCGAGACGAAUAAACUGAAGGAUAUUCACGUCGAUUCUGUAUUCGAACGUGAUGGAGAUUAGAACGUUGUAAGAUAGGGGAAAUGCUGAAAGAAGAAGCGAAGAAUACGCAAUCAACGUGCGGUUGAUUGGUCGAAUCAAUUUUCCAGAUAUCGUAAAUCAAUUGGGAAAAAAGGCGGACAUAGUGCGAUCUAUUUAUCAUAAGUGCGACAGUAUUAAUCUUUGCUAAUGAUAUAAUAUGAAACUCAAUUUAUAAAUUUCGUCGUAUCAUAAAUUUAUUAUUACGGAUAAUAUUGUUAAAUCAUUGCUAUUGAUUAUUGAUUACUAUUGCCAUUAUUAUUAAUAUUAUUAUCCUCGUCAUUGUCAUUGUCAUUGUCAUUGCCAUUGUCAUUGUCAUUAUCAUUAUCAUUAUCAUUAUCAUUAUCAUUAUCAUUAUCAUUAUCACUAUCAUUAUUAUCUUUGAUCAUCAGUAAUACCGUUAUUCUUAUUACUUUUGUCAUAUUAUUAUUCUUGUCGCUAUUGUUGACACUAAUAAUUGUGCUUAUAGUGUCGAACGAAGGUUACUGUAUUACUGCAAAAGAAACAUACACGACGAAAGAACAGAUUAUUGUAUGCAAGUGAGUGGACGAGUGAUUGAAGUAGAAGGAAGGAGAUAACGUUUGGGAAGCCUGCGAGGCCAACAAAUGAAAAGUGGCAAACAGAAAAUCGAAGCGACGCGACGUAUAUAACAAAUAAUUUAUAAUGGUAGUAUGAUAAGAGGGAAGGAGUGUUUUAGCAUAUCAACGCGACAAAUUUUACGAAUGCAUAGGCGAAACAAUGAUAGGCCACGCGGUUGUAGAAAUAUUUCGAUAUUGUAUAUGUAUUUAGACAUGAAAAAUUAAACGAGAAGGUUGAUACGACUUACUGGGGCUUCGAAGACAAUUACGGCACGAUAAUGAAAAAAGAUAUUGUUUCGUAAUAAAAUAAUUCAAUAUUGAUUCGCAAAGAACGAACGACAUCGAAACGAUUUUCCUUUCCCUUGAGAAACCUAUGCAUCGGAUAUAACGACGAAUAACGUCACAGUGAUAGAGAUAGAAAAAUGAGGCGCGGGAGAACGUCGAACCAGACUCUUGUCACGAUUGUAAAUAGUAGUAGGACCUUCGGAUUGUCUUCGUAGCCGUAGCGGGUGGUCGGUAAAAUUUUAAAACAUACGCGAUGAACGGUGAAGGUCGUGGGGUUACGAAUGUUAAUAAAUUUCACGGCAAGGAUGUAAAGUCGGUGUAAAAUAAAGUUAUAUCGAAUCGCGAUGCGAUUGGUUGAUCGUUUUCGAGUGCCGUCUCGAAAACUCGUUGCGGUUCGGCCGUUUCUACCGGCGCUAGAAUUGUUAUUGUAAAAGUCUAUGAUAAAAGAAAGAAAAAAAUGGGAGAAGGGCGAGAAUGGCAAGUGGCGAAAGGGGAAAGGAGAGGAGAGCAGUUAAUAAAUAAGGGGAUGAGCGGAGAAAACGUGGAGAUGGGAAAAACGUGGAAAACAGCGUAAACGGAAGAUACGCCAGUUUGGAUUAUUAUUUUCAUAAGCAACGUGUAAUAUAAAUAUGUAAUGUAUAUCGAUAUGACAAAUUAACGGCAUCAUCGCGAUUAUGAUCACGACGGUGAUGAUGGUUAAUAUUAUUAUUGCUAUUAUUAUGGUUAUCGAUUAUGAUUAUUAUGGGAUGAUGAUGAUGAUUAUUAUUAUUAUUAUUAUAACAAGAAAAAACUAAUAUAUUAUAUAAAAUAAAAAAUAAUUAUACUUAACACUUAUGUUAGGAAGCUAGAUACAUACAUUCAUGCAAGCGAGAACAAAAAAAAGAAUAUGAAAUUUCACUGACAGACACACACGCGCACACACACAUACUCUCACACACACACACACACACACACACACACACACACACGUACCAACAUAAAAUCUGGAUGACACGUAUUUAACGUCGUACAUUUAUAUAUCAAGACUAGAACACGGUGACGUGUGCGAGAAGUAGAAGAGAGAAUGAGAAGAAAGGAGAGCAAGAUAAAGAGAGAGAGAGAGAGAGAGAGAGAGAGCAGAGAAAAAGAGAGAGAGAGAGAGAAAGAGAGAAAACGUGACCGUGCGAAAGGGACUGAGCGAAUGGGAGUGAAAAUUUUUUAGCGUACUUCGAGGAAACCUACGUUUCGUCGAGUAUCGUGAAUAAUAAAGUAGUUUUGCGUGUCGUUGAUAACAGUUCCUUUUUUUCUUUUAUUCCUCGGCAUGCAAAGCUUCCACGCUCUUUAUUUACGACGUUACUUUUCAAAGUCAGAGCGAAAGUACAUAUUUGUGUCACCCUAUCGAGCGGAAGACGUUCCUGUAUAUUUGAUUUUUAUCGCUAUCGAUUCGAUCGAUGUAAUCGAUCAGAUCUAUUCUAAGGAGAAAAAAGAGAACAAUAACCGCGAUGAAACAGUCACGAAUCGAUAAACGAAGAAAGGUUCCUCGACGUUCGCAUUUUCGCGCCACAAACGUGUUCCUGUAUUUGUCAAAUAGUUCUUUUCUUAUUCUUCGUUUAUUCUCUUCGUUUUUUUCUUACGUUAACAACAAGAAAAAAAAAAAAACUACGCCGAGCCGAAAAGUUCUGUGUACGACGUACCUUAUCCCAUUUGAAGCUCGCAUACAGACUACAUAAUUAGCUAUAACGGACAUGGCCAUUAGCAGAAAAAAUGUACCAUUCAGAUAGUUUACCAUUAAAGAAACGGUAAUCAUUAUAGCUAUAUUAACAACAUUAUUUAUAUUAUUACGCAUAUUAUAAAAAUAAUUGAUAACAGAUACUAAUCCUAGGGUGAAGUAUUUCAAGGGAAGAAAAUUUUGAGAAAAAAAAUGAUCACGCGGCCACAAACGGCGCGAGGGCGGCGGCGCGCCAUUUCCCAGGAAAUGGCGAAACCGGAAAAAGUGAACAAAAGAAAAAUAAAUAACCCGCCAAUUACUUUAACUUCGACAGUACUAUUAUUUGUAUAUGCCGAACGAUUAUGCCGUUUUCAGCGCAACAUAUUUUGGCGAUACUCUUUGGUGGUAUAAACUCACGGUAAUCAAUGUUGGGGGGAAGAAUCGGUGUUGGAAUGAGGGAUUAAGGGUGGGAACGAAUCGAAAACAAACAAACGAACAAAAUAAAAAGCAGAAGUUUCUAUACUUUUUACGGAGAUUGUUAUAGAUUAAGCGCACACUGAUCAAGGCAUUCGUCGCUCGGCAAAGCAUAAUAUAAUUAUUAAUAUAAAAUUUAUAACAGAAAUAAAAUAAAUGAAGUUAAUAAAUAUGUACACUGUAUAAUAAACAUUAUUUCCUAUUAAUAAA